GAGAUUGCUUUCGUUCUGGAUGGCUCUGGCAGCAUUCAAUAUGAUGACUUUUAGAAAGCAAAAGACUUCAUCUACAAUGUCAUGUCCAAUGUUUGGAAAACAUGUUUCGAUUGUAAUUUUGCGGUAGUGCAAUAUGGUAGUUCAAUCAGGACUGAGCUCUCGCUUCUAAACAAUGAGGAUCGUGCCGGAUCCCUGCAAAAGGUCAAACAAAUAAAGCAAAUUUACAAUCUUACAAAGACGGCCUCUGCCAUCAAUCACGUCCUCACAGAUAUCUUCAUCCCUGAGAAUGGAUCAAAAAAUAACUCUGCAAAAAUAAUAAUUGUCUUGUCUGAUGGAAAGAUUCUGGGAGACAAUAUGACUCUUGAUGAAGUUUUGAACAAGCCCCAAAUGCAAAAUGUCACUCGCUAUUCCAUAGGGGUUGGCGAUGGCAUCCUGAAAAGCCCUAAUGCAAUCAAAGAGAUGAUGCAAAUAGCAGAUCCUGGAAAGUAUUAUGUUUCCAGUUAUGGGGCAUUAAACGAUAUUGUGUCCUCACUGGAAAGAGGGAUAAUUGGAACUGAAGAUCCUGGGACAGAGAUUGCUUUCGUUCUGGAUGGCUCUGGCAGCAUUCAAUAUGAUGACUUUCAGAAAGCAAAAGACUUCAUCUACAAUGUCAUGUCCAAUGUUUGGAAAACAUGUUUCGAUUGUAAUUUUGCGGUAGUGCAAUAUGGUAUUUCGAUCAGAACUGAGCUCUCGCUUCUAAACAAUGAGGAUCGUGCCGGAUCCCUGCAAAAGGUCAAACAAAUAAAGCAAAUUUACAAUCUUACAAAGACGGCCUCUGCCAUCAAUCACGUCCUCACAGAUAUCUUCAUCCCUGAGAAUGGAUCAAAAAAUAACUCUGCAAAAAUAAUAAUCGUCUUGUCUGAUGGAGAAAUUCUGGGAGACAAUAUGACUCUUGAUGAAGUUUUGAACAAGCCCCAAAUGCAAGGCAUCACUCGCUAUUCCAUAGGGGUUGGCGAUGGCAUCCUGAAAAAACCCAAUGCAAUCAAAGAGAUGAUGCAAAUAGCAGAUCCUGGAAAGUAUUAUAGUGUUUCCAGUUAUGGCGCAUUAAAUGAUGUUGUGUCCUCACUGGAAAGAGGGAUAAUUGGAACUGAAGGAGACUCAGCCACAACAAAGGUCCCGCAGAUCAACUAGUGCAUCUAAGCCAAGGGUCAUACACCCUCGAGGACCAUAUGUCUUUCACCGCUGCCAGAGCCACAGCUGCAAGAAUCUUCAAUGUCGCUGCCUGAGCUCCAAGAGGGCUUGACACUCCAACAAGAGCCUGCUGACCCACCAGGGUUGCCUGAACCACUGGUGCCUACUGACCCAGAGCCUCCUAACCCUAAGCUUCCUAACCCAGAGAAAUCAGAUUCAGCUCUGCUCUAUGCUCCAGGCUGUCCGCAAAUCAGAGACAAGCUUGUGAAUGUUUAGAAUUUUUUUCCUUCAAAUACAGCAUAACAGUAACAAAAACUGAUAUAAUUCAUAUUUUAACAUUUUUAGAAAGUUGUGAAUAGAUUUUAUUAACCAAGUUAUAUAAACAUUUUGAAUGUAAGAAAACAUGGCAGUUUUAAAAUAGCAACAUUAUGUUUCUACAUCAUUUGUUGUGUAAUACAAACAUUUAAAU